AUGGACAAUCAGGGCAAUCGCUUGUACCUCAACUUUGGGAAUAAUAACGACCGACUUGCCCCCAAUAACGACCGCACCUAUCCCACCACACCCUCAACCUUCCCGCAGCCCAUUUUCCAAGGUCAAACGCCGGGUCAGGGCGGUUCCCAGCAGCCUCAGGCCUACCAGCAGCAGGGCUAUGCGGGGGGAUACUUCCCGCCGCCUAACCAGUACGGCGCCCAGUACUCUUCACAGCUGGGCGCUCAGGCUGCCGACUACAAUUCCCGGGGCUAUGGACAGCCUCGGCCGGCUCCCGGCGCCAACAAUGAUCCCAACACAGGGCUCGCCCACCAAUUUUCGCACCAGAACCUAGGCGGCGCUGGCGGAUCGUCUCCGUAUGGCGCCCGUGGCGCAUCCCAAGGUCAGCGCCCCAGGACGGCUGGCGCGCAGGGCCAGCAGCCCGGUUAUGGGAGUUAUCUGAACGCACCGCCGAUGCCUAGUCAGACACCCCAGUCAGGGGACUAUUUUGCUGUCGCCCCGGAGAGGAACCCGGACAAGUACGGUCUGAAUGCGAACAACAACCAGAAGAAAUGCUCCCAGUUGGCCUCGGAUUUCUUUAAGGACAGUGUCAAGAGGGCACGGGAGCGCAACCAGCGACAAAGCGAGAUGGAGCAGAAGCUGGCCGAGACCACCGAUCCUCGGCGCCGGGAAUCAAUCUGGGCUACGGCAGGACGUAGGGAAGGCUCCUACCUCCGUUUCCUACGCACCAAGGAUAAGCCGGAGAACUACAACACCAUUAAGAUCAUCGGCAAGGGCGCCUUUGGCGAGGUCAAACUGGUGCAGAAAAAGACGGAUGGCAAGGUCUACGCUAUGAAGUCCCUGAUCAAGGCGGAAAUGUUCAAGAAGGACCAGCUCGCCCACGUUCGUGCGGAGCGCGAUAUUCUUGCCGAGUCGGACAGCCCCUGGGUCGUCAAACUGUAUACGACCUUCCAGGACGCCAACUUCCUGUACAUGCUCAUGGAGUUCUUACCCGGCGGCGACCUCAUGACCAUGCUGAUCAAGUAUGAGAUCUUUUCGGAGGAUAUCACGCGGUUUUAUAUCGCCGAGAUUGUCCUGGCCAUCGAGUCCGUCCACAAGCUGGGCUUCAUUCACAGAGAUAUCAAACCGGACAAUAUCCUCCUCGACCGGGGUGGCCAUGUCAAGCUGACGGAUUUCGGUCUGUCGACCGGCUUCCAUAAGCUGCACGACAACAACUACUACCAGCAGCUUCUUCAGGGCAAGUCGAGCAAGCCGCGCGAUAACAACCGCAACUCGAUUGCCAUCGACCAAAUCAACUUGACGGUCAGCAAUCGGUCGCAGAUCAAUGACUGGAGGCGAUCGAGGAGAUUGAUGGCCUACUCCACUGUCGGCACUCCCGACUACAUCGCGCCCGAGAUCUUCACCGGGCACGGCUACUCAUUUGACUGCGAUUGGUGGUCAUUGGGCACUAUCAUGUUCGAAUGCCUAGUUGGCUGGCCGCCUUUCUGCGCCGAAGAUAGCCACGACACGUAUCGCAAGAUCGUCAACUGGAGACAAUCCCUGUACUUCCCCGACGACAUCCAACUGGGCGUCGAAGCGGAGAACUUGAUCCGGAGUCUUAUUUGCAACUCGGAGAACCGUCUUGGCCGUGGCGGUGCGCACGAGAUCAAAAACCACGCCUUCUUCCGGGGCGUUGAGUUCGACAGCCUGCGGCGGAUCCGAGCGCCUUUCGAGCCGCGCCUGACGUCCAACAUCGACACGACCUACUUCCCCACUGACGAGAUCGACCAGACGGACAACGCCACCUUGCUCAAGGCUGCGCAGGCUAGGAACAACGCGCAGCAGGUGGAGGAGAGUCCCGAAAUGAGCUUGCCGUUUAUAGGAUACACCUUUAAGCGCUUUGACAACAACUUCCGGUGA